CUCGCUCUAUUAGACGAGUAACAGGAACCAAAAAAGAAAGAGAGUGAGAGACAGAGGCAGAGCGAGCGAGUGAGUGCAGGAGAGAAGUUAGCUGAGUUCCCACAAAUCACUUUGUCACCAGCAAGCUCUGACAAGCACCAGAGAGAGAGGGAGCGCACCAGGAGAGAAGGCAGGGAGGUAAAGAGAGGUGUGAAGAGGGAGUUGUGUUAGAGGAGACUCACGAGGGAGGGUGUGAAGGAGCCGGAGGGGGCAUAAACGAGGUGAUACCGAUGGAUGGAUAGAAAGGAGAGACAGGACACAGACGAGACUGCAAUCUGAUUCCCAAAGCAGCCGGAGAGGGACUGUUACUCUGGCUCCUGCUGUGGUUUCUGCUGCUGCUGGGACUGGAUGGUAUACGGUCAUUUACAGAGAAAGGUUUGUCAAACUUCGUACUUUGUCACAGGAGGACAGAUUUACUCGGACAAGGAGAGUUUUGCUGCGUUUUAUCCUCUGAGAGAUGUACCCUGACGUGUUAAUUCAUAUUUGAGAAUGAGGACACAGAUAGAAAGACAGCUGUUGUCUCUGUGAAGCAGGCGUGAGGCGUUGAAGUGCAGCUGUACACAGAUCACAUGCUGUCGCUGCUAAAAAGAGGUAGUCAGAGCCGUGGGGACAUUUCUUUAUGUCUUGACAGCAUAGGUUUCCCACUGCUGUAGAAUAAGAGCUGAAACUUUUUGAAUUUAAAAGUUGUUUUUACUUUCCUUCUCUUCACUGUGGGUACUGGAUCAGCACUGGACUGACUCACAGCCCCCGGAGAGUUUUAUUAGGGUUGUCAAGGGAAGCCAGAAGUCAUCAAACUUCGACAGCAGAGGAAUAGGAAAUCCAUUUCUACACAGUUAAAGCAUAGGACGGGUCGUUGCUAUCUUCUCUUUGUCAGAGACUUUACAUCCAUGUACAGAACAAUCCUGACUGGUUGAAGAGACCUCGUGGGUCAGAGAGGACAGGAAGCCGUGUCAGCUGAACGCCGUAGUGUCAGAUGUAAGUAGUUGUAGAGCUCCCUUCAUACAGACUGACUGUUGAGCAAUACAUCCCUGAGCUGACACGUGGGGGGGUGUAUGAACUUACUUUAUAUAAGAUAGACUUCAAUCGUGUGAGUCGUAGAGAAGCAGCUCUGUUGUGUGUUGGUAGAUUGAUGGGUGGUGCACAGGUCUUCUGAGGCUGUGUGUGUGUGUGCAUGCUUGGAUGGGCGCUGUUUGCUUUUGACAGCUCGUCUCUGGACUCACUUCCACGUCACUGAGUUACCUGCGAGUCUGAGUCACAGGCUGGCUCAUCGCUCCCUGUCUGUCUGCCCACUGGGAUUCUCUCCCACCUGCCUCUAUGCAAACAAGCCCACAAGUGUUAGGGUGGUUUCUCGCAGCAGUGGCACCGGUAGCCCCGAACCUGUAGGACUCUCAACACUGCUGUAAUUGUCCUGCUGUGGGUAAACACCUUGCGUCAGUGACACCUCUCUGCUGAUUCACUAUUCCCUGAGCGUCGGAGGCAGGCAGUGGAAGAGAAGGUUAAGGGAGGAUUGACCAAAGAGCCGAAGCACAGACGGAGUCACAGUCAGGUUGGCGCCAUGGAGCUGGCACUGUUGGCGCUCAUGGUCGUGUACGCGGUGGGACAUGUCAGUGGCAUGUCCACGUGCAAGACGGUGGAUCUGGAGAUGGUGAAGAAGAAGCGCAUUGAGGCCAUCAGGAGCCAGAUCCUCAGCAAAUUGCGUUUGCCCAAAGAGCCGGAGCCCGACCAGGCCGGAGACGACGAGGAGAUCCCGUCUCCUCUGCUGUCGCUCUACAACAGCACCAAGGAGAUGCUGAAGGAGCAGAAGGCCGUCGUCCAGACGGACAUCUCCACCGAGCAGGAGGAGGAGGAGUACUUUGCCAAGGUGCUGCACAAGUUCCACAUGAACAGAACAGACGACAUUGAUGUCAAGAAAUCCAUCCCGAUGUACUUCAACAUCUCUGACAUACGACAAAGUGUCGGGGAUUCCCGCCUGCUGACGAGUGCCGAGCUGCGGCUGCUCAUCAUGAAAACCUGGAUAGCCGAUGAGCAGCGGGUGGAGCUGUACCACGGCCAGGGGGCGUCGGCCAAGUAUCUCGCUUCCCGCUUCAUCAAUAAAGAUUUGAAUAACAAGUGGUUGUCGUUCGAUGUCACCGAGACCCUGCGGGAAUGGCUCAAAGGAACAGGCGACGAGCAGAUUUUCCAGCUCAGGCUCUUCUGUGGAUGCAGCGAGCCGAACGUGGAGAGCAGUUUCAGUUUUUCCAUCUCUGGCAUCGCGAAGGACAGAUCAGACACCGCAAUGUUAAGAGACGCCAACAAGCAGCUGCCCUACAUCCUCACCAUGUCCAUCCCUCAGAACACCAGCACCCACCUCAGCUCGCGCAGGAAGCGCUCCACAGACGGGACGGACACGUGCACAGCCCAGACGGAGACCUGCUGCGUGCGGAGCUUGUACAUUGACUUCAGGAAAGAUCUGGGCUGGAAGUGGAUCCAUAAGCCGACGGGCUACCACGCCAACUACUGCAUGGGAUCCUGCACCUACAUCUGGAAUGCUGAAAACAAAUAUUCUCAGAUUUUGGCCUUGUACAAGCAUCACAACCCGGGCGCCUCUGCCCAGCCCUGCUGCGUUCCCCAGGCGCUGGAGCCGCUGCCAAUCCUCUACUACGUGGGCAGGCAGCACAAGGUGGAGCAGCUGUCCAAUAUGAUCGUGAAGUCCUGCAAGUGUAGCUAAAAAAAACCAAGAUGGCCCCCGGCUCUGCAUCCCCUCGAACAUGAACUGAGACGGAAGAAGACGUGUUUGAGACCAGAGGAGCGAACGGAUGAAGAGGAGGAGAAUAAAGAAGACGAGAAAAACGAGAAAGUAGUGAAAGUAAUCAGGAUCUCUGUGGUCCAGCUGUGCUCCUGCGAGCUCGGCCAUGAUCAUUCCAGAAGCACAUCAAUCCAUGGACUUCUUUAUAUAUAGAUAUUUUAGAUAAUAUUUGUAUGUGUAUAUACUUCUUCUUUGCAGUACUGAAAUAUCUGUCUUGAAAUGAAUUAAUUUAUUUGUUGGUCGGACAGAUUUCGAAAAAGAAGCGAUUCACACGUGUAAAAGUGCGUCGAAAAGGAUGGAAAAGGAUUUAUUAUGAACAAAAAACAAAGUCGGAUAAAAGACGCCGACGGACACGAUGGAAGAAAACUUUUUGUCUUCACAUCGAUCACCUUCCUGCAAAGGUCACAGUCACCAGCGUUAAACCCCAGGAAUGGAGGAGGGGGGGUUGUUGGGGUUUUCCCUGGACAAUGACGCUGCAGGUGUUUUUGGAGAGAGAGAGAGCUCCUGUGUAAAGGACACGAGACAAACCGCAGGGAAACCCCCCCGCCCGCCCUGCAGCUGUCAGCCGCCUGAACGCCUCACAGGAACCCUCCAUCGGUUUCACCUGUUUGCUUUCCAGCCCACGUGAAUUGUUACAAUGCUUCCUGGUCUCUGUGUUUGUGUUGGUGAGUGAACGUCAGCUUGUCCUCGGGCGAGCGAGUGAUAUCACCAGCUGUGAGAGAGAGUUUGUCUCCGGGGACUCACAGCCGGCGUGUUGUGUGUAGACGCUGAGGGUCCGGGGAUGUGGUUGUGGUGUUGGUUUGAGGGGAAAGCCGUUACACACUUUGCUGUUUUGUUAAUUUUAGUUUUGGCAUUUUAUUGCCUUUAUUUUGUCAGGACAGUUUUUUUACUUUCAUCUGAAGUUUGAUGCGUUUUGCUCAAGAAUGAAUCAGUCGUUUAGUUUCUUAAGGAAAAAGAACCAACCCAUUGUGUUUUUCUGUUUACUCUCUUUUAUAGUGCACUUACCAUUUGACAUUUGUACCUGUAAAUACUUUAAAAAAAAAAUUGAAAUAAACAUUGUUGUUAAAUUAUCA